UCUCAGUGGGUUUCAGGUCACGGACCACCUGUCUUGCACAAAGCAGCUUUUGCAGAGCAAUUGCAAGGGAGAAUCGGGAGGAGAACAAUAGAACACCUGAAGAACUCAGCUGCCUGUCAGCAGUGCAUGUGCUCAGAGAUAGCAAAUACAUGUGGAUAGAUGCCAUGAAACACCCUGUCUUGCUUGCUGGGUAAUAAAAUACAGCGGGCUCUGCCAUCUGUAUGAGGCUCCUUGAGUCCACGCAAGUGGGGACAGCAGAAUCCCUGCCAAGAAGCACAACCUGGAGCCUGCCACCAGAGCAUGGGGCUCAUCCAUGAUCCAUGAGGGUCUCUUCCAACCAAAAUGAUUCUAUGACUCUGCAGAGAUGGAGCUGCUGUGAAGCCCUGGACGGCCGAAGAUACCAGGCUGUGGUGGCUGAUCCUGCCCCAGGCAUGAGCAUCAUUCCUCUGGAUCUCCAGGGAAGUCAACGAGGAAAAAUCCUUGAGGCGCCAUUAACCAAAAUGAUAAAUGAGCCCAAAUUCUGGAUUAGAACUUAGUUUCUUCAGAAAUGUUUUUUUCACCUUCAUUUUGCCGCAGAUGCCGAACACCAUCUUAAGAGGGUCCUGAUGACAUCACAUCCUCUCCAAAGAGCAACGCAGCCUCCCAAGUCAAGAGAGAAAGAUCAUCUCUGCUCCACUGCACCGUCCCCAAGGACGGUCACCCGUAGAAGAUGGACAGGUCCCCUGCACUGCUUCUUCUGCUCGCCCUGAGGCUCUGCUGCCCCGGGAUGCAGGUCCAGGGGUACAAGAUGAUGGUCAAGUUUCGUGACAGCAGCAUCACGCACGUCCGGGUGGGACAGCGGCUGGAGCUGAAGUGUCAGACGGACAAGGGGGACAGUGGUGUGUUCUGGGUCCGUAUGGACAGAGCGGGGACUCUUCGUUUCAUCGUCUUCGUUUCGUCACUGGCCCGGACCACCUUCGAGGGGAAACAGAGGACCUCCACACGCUUUGAAGCGACCAGGGACAGCAGUUUCUACCGGCUGGUUGUGAAGUCGUUCACACUGCAGGACGAGGGGUACUAUUUCUGCCUGAUGAACAGCAACCAAGUGCUGUACUUCAGCCAUGGCCAGCCUGUCUUCCUCCUAGUCACCACCACACCAGCACCCACCACCCAGGGUAGCACCACCAAAGAGGAACCCAGCCCGGAGACCCCGGAUCCAGACACCAGCAAGGAGAAAGAGCCGGAUUUCUUCUGUGAUAUCUUCAUCUGGGUUCCCUUGGCAGGCGCCUGCGUCCUGCUCCUCCUCGCCCUGGCAGUCACCACCGUGCUGUGUCAACGAACCAGGAGCCGAAGAUGCAGAUGUAAAAGACCUGUGAACGGGAAGCCCCAUGUGAAACCCAGCGUUCCCAGGCGACACGUAUGAGCAUCUAUGGCUUCUGGAUCAUCUCCUGGGAGCUGUCACCGCGCACUACAACACACCGAGACACGUCCAACCUAUGCAGAGCGGCGCAGUCCAAGCCCCAGGUGCUCAGCGGGGGAGACACGAGGGUCCCACCAGACUCUGCCCCAUCGCCCCCAGCACCAACCUGCAGCUGCUUUUCACAGCCACACAAAGCAAACCUGCUCACCAAUCCGUCUCUAGGCAGACUUCAGCUUUAGCCCUGUCUUAAUAAGUUAUGGUUACCUAAACCAGUCUGAUCUUGGCCUAUGGGCAGGUCUAACCAUGCAGGUGAAAAGCUCAUCCUUUUCUCUCUCUCCUACAAGCAUCAAUUAUAUUUUUAUUAUUAUUAUUAGCUUGUCCCAGAGUCCUCUGUUGACUUAGUUGCAGCUAGACCUCUUGCCAACUGACUACCACUCUUCCUCAAGCAUCUUGACAAUGUUUUGCACUUCCACAACCUGCAAGAUGCAGAAAAUGUUUUCCAAGAGUUCGCUGAGUCCCAAAGAAUGGAUUUUUAGGCUACAGGAAUAAACAAACUUGUUUCUUGUAGGCAAAAAUACGUUGAUUGUAAUGGUUCCUAUUUUGAUUAAUAAAGAUGUCUUUGAGCCUAAGUAAAAUGAUUUAAAACUCA